UCUGACGGCACGGGCCGGAACUCAGAUCGUGGGUUUUGGACUUCCGCCAUGUCUGGAUGUAUGAGAGCGAUGGCGAUGCAGGCACCAGCGCCACAGGCGCUCCGACCGCCGUCUGCGCCAAAGGUGCAGAGCAAGAGGGCGGAAGCAUCUUUCGGCGCCUUGCCCAAAGCCUGCGCCCUUGGGGCCUGGGCGGCGUGCGUGCGGGCGCAGGUGGCGCGCAGAGCCGCAGGCAGUGCCGCGGGCUACUCCCCGCUGAAGUUUGCGAAGACCAAGCAGCCCCCUGUCCUUGAGGAGGACUCUGCUAGCUGGGUCCUCCCGAGCGUGGACAAGGAUGUGGGGGAAUGGCAUGCUGGCCGCGCGCCCACAUAUGCCUUUGUCCAAACCAGCGUCACGCUCUACCUCUUCACUCCACUGCCGCCGCCAAAGGUCAACGAGCGCGGGGAGAAAAUGCAGCCGGACGUGGAGCUGGACCUGCAACAGGAGGGGACCAUCAUCAGGCUGGUGGCGGAGGGCCAGACGAUCCUGAACGGACGACUCGCCCAUGGCAUUAAGCCUGGGGACCAGAUUUGGAUGGUCGAGGCCGGCGGCGACGGGCGAGAGUUCGUGGUCUGUGAGCUUGACAAGCUGACGCCGGGCAUCAACUGGACCUCGGUCAUGGAGCCGGAGGUGGCGGUGGCCUCGGACUACGCGAAGCCGGUGGUGGAGUUGCCGGAGAUCCAGGAGGAAGAGGAGGCGCGGCUGGUGGAGGAGACCUUAGGCCACCUCCGGAAGAGCUUCGCCUCGCUGAACCCCGUGGAAGGUAGAGGGGCGCAGAUUGGUGAUGUGCUGAAAAUUGACAUGCAGGGCUAUGAGCUGAAUGAGGAGGGCGGCCGCGGCGAGCCCCUGGAGGUUGGCUCCGCCACUGGCCUGGAGAUGGAGCUGGGUGCGAGCAACUUCUCCAAGCAGGUGGAGAAGAACCUGGAGGGCAUCACCGUGGGUGAGACGAGGGAUGUGGAGGUGACUUUGGGUCAGCGAGCCGGUGGCCUGGGUGGGCAGCAGAUCAUUUGCUCGGUGACCUGCCAAGAGCUGAAGGAGCGGUUUCUGCCUGAGCUUACGGACUACUUCGCGCAGAUGGUGAAGCGCCAAGACCUCUUCAAGCAGGCGGGGACUCCGGAAGGCAUCCCGGAAGAGGAGGGCAAGGCAGAGGCCUUCACCAUCGAUGAGCUGCGAAAGGAGAUUGGCGAGGAGGUGCGGCAGGCGGCCUACGUGCAGGCCAAUGAGAACGUGGACGCCCAGCUGAAGUCUCACCUCCGCAAGGCGCUGGAGGUGAAGUGCCACUGGGCCGAGUUGGGCGACGACACGCUGGAGGAGGAGCUGUCGACUGCCGCGUACUUCGUGGCAGAGCGCGAGGGCCUUCUGCCAAACAUCGACAUGGAUACCGUGGAGAGGGAAACCUGGGACAAGUUGGGCGAGCCGGACAGCGGGGAGACAAUGAAGCAAGUCGGCAGCGAUCCCGCGCGGGAAUUCCAGGACGCCAACCGGAUCAUCUUCCGGAGGCAUCUGAUGGAUGAGGUCCUCAACUGGCUGCGGCAGAAUAUGGAGAUGGUAGAAGCCGGCGAGGGCCAAUAGCUGGGCGUCAGGAGGCUAUGGCAUGCCAGUGACAACCAAACCUAGGCUUGGAUCAUGAGUCCCCUACAUGGGGAAAAACCCUAUGCUCACUUAGGGGACUUGAGGCACCGCAUUCUGAGUCCAAGGAUGCGGAAGGGACAAGUGGGAGCCAAGCCGAGCAGCGGGGACUUUUGAACGCCCCGAGCUCGCGAAGCCACGCUUGGGAGAAUCUAGCGCGGUGACAGGUAUG